AUGACUACUGAGCAGAAAAUUGAUGAAGUCAAUAGUAAUGAAUUGGCUAUGAACCAAGAAGAAGUGAGUGAAACUGCAAGUAUCGCGUUAACAGUGAACCAAAGGCAAGCCUUGAUGUCCCUUCUCAAAGAACAAUGUGCUCAACAACAUUCUCAUGGUGCAAACCAGGGUCAGAAAUCAUCCAAUCCUGUUUCAGGUCAAGCUAAAAUUCAUUUUUUGCAAUUCAGUGCAAGAAUUUUAUCAUUGGUUAGACCAAAAUCUGCUCUUUGGGUCAUAGACACUGGAGCCACAGAUCAUGUUUCUUUUGAUCUAACCGAUUUCAAAACUUAUCAAAGGGUUAAGCCCUUGGUUGUUAAAUUACCUGAUGGCAGCUUUACAACUAGUAGCAUUGAUCAAGCUACAUUGAGGACGAUUGGAGUAGCUAAAUGUGCCGAUGGACUAUAUACAAUGCACAACCCUACAACACAUAGUGAUUCAUCAAAAUCUGCAGCAUUAACACUUCAUUCUUCCAAUAAUUCGUUAGGUCAGAAUAAUAAGCAUUUAGAUGUAGUUUCUAUUUCUGAUGCACAUCUAUGGCAUUUGCAUGAUUCCACUUACACUUCAACUAUUGGUGCUGGUUGCAGGACUAAUAAUCUUCAAUUUCAAGAUUUAGAUCCAUUUACUUCCUGCACUUAUCACUCACCUGCAUCACCGCAUUCUUCAAAUGCAACUUCUCUUGACAUUCCUAUUUCAUUGGAAAAUAAUGCACAGAAUUUAGGCACACAUGUUUCUGCUGACAUCAUUCCUAUUGCAUCAACAAGACCUAUUAGGAACCGCAAACCACCCUCCUACUUACAGGACUAUCAUUGUAUGUUGGCCACAGCAAGUUUAGCACCUCCUUCUACUCAAAGAUAUCCAAUUUCUAACUUUCUUUCAUAUAAUAAGCUAAAUUUUAAUUACAAAUCUUUUUGUUUGGCCGUCUCUUCAAAUCCUGAUCCUCGCACUUAUGAGGAGGCUGUUGCUCAUCAUUGCUGGAGAGAGGCUAUUCAAAGUGAGUUGGAGGCAUUGAAGUUAAACAAUACUUGGAGAGUUUGCAAACUUCCAAUUGGUAAGCGAGCCAUUGGUUGCAAGUGGGUCUUCCGAACCAAAUUUCAUGCAGAUGGUAGCAUUGAAAGACGCAAAGCUAGGUUGGUUGCGAAAGGUUUCACACAGAUUGAAGGGGUCGACUUCAUUGAUACAUUCAGCCCUGUGGUUCAGAUGACUACUUUGAGAUUAUUGUUAGCAGUUGCAGCAGCUAAGAAGUGGCACUUGAAACAACUUGACGUCAAUACAGCAUUCUUACAUGGCGAUCUAAAUGAAGAUGUUUACAUGAAAAUCCCUCCGGGCUUGGAUGAACAGCAAGGGAUGGUGUGCAAGUUACAGAAAUCUCUUUAUGGCUUGCGACAAGCAAGUAGACAAUGGAAUUUGAAGUUGACAGCCACACUUAUUACCUCGGGAUACAAGAAGUCUGUUUCGGAUCACUCUCUUUUUACCAAAAUUACAGCUUCAGGGAUCACCAUUAUCCUUGUCUAUGUCGAUGAUUUAGUGCUCACGGGGGAUGACAUUUCGGAGAUUAAUCGAAUUAAAGGAAUUCUUCAUGACAAGUUCAAAAUCAAGGACAUUGGUGACUUGAAGUUUUUCUUAGGCAUGGAAGUUGCACGUUCAACCAAAGGUAUUCAUCUUUGUCAGCGAAAAUAUGCCUUGGACGUUCUUGAAGAUUUUGGUUUCUUGGAUUGCAAACCUGUCAGUACCCCCAUGGACUACCAUGCGAAACUAUCUUCCGAAAAUGGCACUUUGCUCUCUGAUUUCACCAAUUACCGGCAACUAGUUGGUCGCCUUAUGUAUCUAGCCAACACACGUCCGGACAUCUCUUAUGUGAUGGGUAGAUUGAGUCAAUUCAUUGACUGCCCAACUACUGCUCACCUCGAGGCAGCUUUUAGGGUCUUGAGGUAUCUCAAGGGUUGUCCCACACUUGGCCUUUUCUUUCCUUCUGAUUCUGACUUUUCAAAGAGCAAGAAACAAUCAACCGCCUCCAGGUCUUCAUCUGAAGCUGAAUAUCGUGCAUUAGCAAAUGCUACUUGCGAGGUCCAGUGGCUUUCUUUCAUUUUCCAAGACAUUGGCAUGCCACUUACGGCUCCGAUUACCAUUUUUUGUGACAACAGAUCUGCAAUUCACAUUGCCGCCAAUCCCAUCUUCCAUGAGCGUACUAAGCACAUUGAAGUUGACUGCCACAUUACUCGUGAGAAGCUACAAAGCGGCUUGACGCACUUAUUGCCCAUUUCCUCUGCUGAUCAAUUGGCAGACUUCCUCACCAAACCUUUGGCACCAGGACCUUUCUCCACCAAUUUGUCCAAGCUAGGACUGCUUGAUCUCCAUCGUCCUAGCUUGCGGGAGGCUGUGACUUGA